CAUUUGCACAUAGCUAGAGUCACUGUUGAAGAUCACAUUCAGCUGUAACUCUUGUUACAAGCCUUCCCACACCCUCUAGAUCCCGAUCUGCUGUAGGAUGAUGGAGGACGAUGAGGGCUCUUUUGUUACCCACGUGACCUCCGCUCAUCCAUUAUAUUUCCGCUCCCACUACCGAGUAGCUUGCGGAGUAGAGUAGCUUGCUUCAAGAUAACCAACCACCCCCAACCCAACCCACAUGGGCCACAUCUGAUGCGACCUGGUUGCUAGGCUGCUAGCCAGCACUAACUUUUCUUUCUCCAUCGUCAAGUUGGACCAACCAACUUCUAUCCUCCCAGCUCAGACAAUCCGAGCGGGUGGGUACCUGGCAUCUUACUUCUUCUAAAUACACGAUCUUAAGGCUAGCCAAAAGUCAACACCUUCUCGUUUAACAAACGACAUUCAACCCAUAUAAUCAUGCUCACCCGUCUUAUGAACAUGAUCACUCCCUCUAGCGGUCCUUCUGCACUCCUCGUCGUUGGCAACUUUGGUGCCACAAUUCGUGUGCUUCAUCCUUUCUGAGGAUGGUACCGUUGAACGCUUUGGCCUCACAACCCCACCUUCCACCACCACAUUCCGUCACCGUGGGGCCACAGAGAAAGCCCGCAGGCAGAUUGGUGUGGUCACACUUCAUAUUGGGGAUGGCGAGACCACCACCAGCUUUCUCGAUGAUGUUGAGACGCAAGCCUGCAAGCUGUGGAAGGAUUCUACAAGCGGAAGUCUCACACAGGUGGAGACAGGGAGCGAUGAGAUGGUUCAGCGAGUACAAGAUGUUCUGCAGUCAGCAGCCCUGGAUGCAAUUCACAAAAGAGAAGGACGAGGUCGCUCUAUGAAUGCCACACAGACAUACCCUGUUUUUGUUGUUCAUAUCACACACUCAAGGCCCGGGGGAUUCUGACUGAGCCAACAAGGUUGACUUGAUGAGAUUCAUCGUUGGCAUGCAGCAUCAUAAUACAUCGAUGUAAUGUUUAUUCCCCACAUGGCCUUCUUUGUUCAAAAACAAUAAUACCAAUGAGAAUGGCUAGCCACUGGGUGAUUACAAGCCAUAUCUGGUCUAUAUCAAUGAGCUUCAGAGCUUGACACCAGAUGGUUACGCAAUAAAAUGAGCUUACAUCCUAAAUUUCAUAAGGGGAAAUCUGUUAUCAGGUUAUUCAAUUUUGUUUCAAGUUCUAGAGAGAGUGCUAGUUGCUUAUAAGAAAGUAAACCUCUAGUUAUUCUAAAGACUGCCCUAUAUAUCAUAAACUAGUUAACUACAGAGUGCAUGUAGAAAUUAUUAAUGAACACUGCAGUAUUUUUCCUACACACUAUGAAUGAGCAGCGUACACUAUACUAGAAUUCGAUCUAAAGGCGUAAACAUUACGUUCUUAUAUUAA